CAGGUGUACCUGUCAAACGAUUAGUGUUGUUAUUACCCCUCAGAAUCCCAGCCGACAGACAAAAAACAAUGGUCCUUGUUUAUGCCCAUGCACUCUGUAUAAACUGCAUGUUUCGACAAGCAUAUAAACGUACGGCCAUUGUGCUGUGGUAAAUGUUUCACAGGACACGAGUGGAAAAAACGAGGAAGUAGCCUACCGCUGUCACAUUACGGCAGGAUGGCGCUCCGGGCAGCUGGAGGUCGUUUAUGGCAGUUUCAGAAGAGCUGUCUGAAGGUUACCAGCUUUCAAACACUAGGAACAGUCAAAUACAAAAGAAGCUGUCCCGUUGAAGUGAGCCAUCUGGAUCAUUUGGUGCUUACAGUGAAAAGUGUGCCAGAUACAAUCAGUUUUUACAGCUCAGUUCUUGGCAUGGAGGUGGUCACUUUUAAGGGAAACCGCAAGGCUCUGAGCUUUGGGCAGCAGAAGUUUAACCUUCACCAGCGGGGGCAGGAGUUUGAACCAAAAGCUAAGCAUCCAACCUCCGGCUCUGCAGACUUGUGCCUCAUAACCAAAACCCCUCUAGCUGAAGUAGCUGCUCAUCUUAAGGCUUGUGGAGUCAAGAUUGAAGAGGGUCCCGUGGAGAGGACGGGGGCUGUGGGGACCAUCAACUCACUGUACUUUAGAGAUCCUGACCAAAAUCUUAUUGAAGUGUCAAACUAUAACCAGUCAACAGAAAAGGACUCUUCUUGAUACUUCUUUGGCCUUGGUUACUGACAUGUCAAACAACUCACCAGCCCACCAAACUCAUUCUAGUCUGGUAUACAACGCAAAAUUAUUGCUUUUACUAUAAUUGUAUUUAGUUUAAGCUGUUAUUUUAGAGUCUGUUAUGAGUCAUUAGGACAGGGUGUGGGUGUUCAGCUCUGCUUAAGUUUCUGUUUUAGUUGUGUUUAGACGAGGCAGUGCAGGCACAGUUUAGUAGAAAAAGUGAAGAAUACUACCAGAGGAUGUUUAUCCACAAGUUUAAAUGGGCGCUUGUGACGGUUUUUAUAUAACUCUGUCUGUGACAUUGCUUUGCAGAGGAAAAUAAAAGGUUAUAAAGUG